AGCCCAGGUUUAGGUCAUGAUAGAUCUGGUUUCACGGUUGCAUCGGGUUUAUAAGGAGUCCUCAUUUCCUUGCCAAUCUUAAACCUUUUUAAAAAUGUGGAAGGUUGUUAUUUUUACCGCUUUUCUGGCGCUAGCGGUAACUGGAUCUCCUGAAGAGAAUAUCGGUAUCAAUGACCCUGAUACCGUAGAGGGGGACAUCCUGCUGACGUCAGAGGAGAAGGCGGCGUACUUCGGGGGACGGGCCGCACUCAGGCGGAACCUGUGGCCCAACGCAGUGGUUCCCUAUGAAAUCCACGAGACACUCGCCAAACCUCACAUAAUAAGUGAGAUCGAAGCUGCAAUGGGAAUUUGGCAAUCUUUGACAUGUAUUCGGUUCGUGAAACGCACUACAGAAUCUGCCUACCUCGAGAUCUUCAAGGGCAAUGGCUGCAGCUCUUUCGUGGGGACGAUUCACAGCAAGCAAAGGCUGAAUCUCGGGGCCGGAUGCCUGACACCCAGAGUUAUUCUACACGAACUCGGCCAUGCGUUAGGUUUCCACCACGAGCACAAUCGGCCUGACAGAGAUGAUUACGUCACGAUUAUGUGGGAAAACAUCACACCGAAUUACAGGUUCGCUUUUAACAAGAAAAGUCCAUACGAAGUGACAGACCUUGGGACGCCAUACGACUACAAUAGCAUCAUGCACUAUCACCGAUAUGCCUUCAGCAUGUCCGGGAACCCGACCAUCAUCGUCAAGCAGUCGGCGCUCAUUGGCUCGAACAAACUAAGUGAAAUAGAUAUUUACCAAAUGAACAGACUGUACAAGUGCCCCGGAGUGACCGAAUGGCCUUUUACAACUAUGCCUCCACCCUCCUCUGAGUUCUCGUGUAAUUUCGAUAGUGGCAGCUGCGGAUUUAUCCAAGUUCCCAAUGACGAGGAUAACCUCGAUUGGAUAAGCCUUAACAAGGCCACGCCCUCAGGUGACACUGGGCCCAAUGCUGACCACACGACUGGGGCAGGGAACUAUAUGUUUGUAGAGGCCUCAGGUGGAAGAAAAGGAUCUUUCGCCACCAUGAAAAAGACCGUGAUCCUUAGCGGUAGAUCCUGCCUUACAUUCUUUUAUCACAUGUACGGCCAUCACAUGGGAACCCUGCAGGUCUUUGUCCGCGGUAAUAAGGUGUUUGAGAAGACUGGGGACCAAGGGAAGGUUUGGCACAAAGCGGAGCUGAAACUCCAGGGAACUGGGAUGAGUGAGCUUGAAUUCCGCGGCAUCGUCAGCGGUCAUUUCCAGUCGGACAUGGCAAUCGAUGACGUCAGUAUGAGUAAUUGUGGCCCUACGAUCGCGCCAAUGACACCCCCUACGACCUCGGCACCCGAAACGACCUCUGCACCACCAACAACUUUAGCUACAACCGCAGUACCUUCACCCCCUCCAGAGAAAGGUUUUAGCUGUAACUUUGAGUCUGAUUUGUGCGGAUUUACGCAAGAGACGAGUGAUGACUAUAACUGGACGCGAUCUAAUAAGAAAACACCGACCUGGGACUCCGGACCGGACACGGACCACACGUCCGGGACAGGUUUUUAUCUGUAUACAGAGGCUUCCGGGCGUAAGCCAGGUAACCGCGCGGUGCUGUCACGCAGCAUACCGCUGACAGGAAACACCUGCCUGACAUUUUACUACCAUAUGCACGGAAGCGAAAUGGGCUCCCUGUCUGUUAAUGUCGGAGGGAAGAAAGUUUUUGAGAAGUCUGGGCCUCAAGGCAAAUCGUGGACAAAAGCGACGAUUAACCUUCAGGGUCAAGGUCAAGCUAAGCUGGAGUUCGUCGGCAUGAUUGGGUCAGGAUUCAAAUCAGAUGCUGGUAUUGAUGACAUCAUUGUCGUCGCCUUGAGCUCAAACUCAGAAAGUGGACUCCCGUAAGCAUCCAUAUUGAAGCGGCCACACUAAGACGACAAAAGGAAAAGUUUUGUCACAUGAAGGGGAGGUAUCUCUUAGAUGAAAAAAACGAACCGACGCGUAUAACAAUCCCAGGUCUAUAGGCCUGUGUUAAGCAAUUUUUAGGUAAAUAUUUCUCAAUCCAUUUUAAUCAUUAGGAAAGAAGAAAAUUCCAAUUCUCCUCUGGAACAUUUCCAGAAAAAGAAAAUUCUCAGAUUCUCCAAUGAAACGCUUUGCGCUUGAAGGUCCUUUACUGUAUAUAGGCAAGAUAUAUUUUUUUUCAACAACUGUUUCCCGGACAUUUGGCGGUUUAGUCGAACUAAGUUGUAUGGUGCUGAUGUUUAUCCUUAUGCUGAAAAAA